AUGCCGACGUUGAUGAUGACGCUUGUUGGUCGUUCUGCUGCUGUUGGUGCCGCUGCUGCUGUUGGUGUUGGGCGCGGGGUGGUGGCAGCCGCGGCGAGGAGACGAGCAGUGGCCACUGCCGUGUCGGCAAGCAGUAGUUAUGUGUGGCUGAGCAGCCGUGGUGGUCAAGAACGCACCAGAGGGCAGCAGGCACUGCUGCCUGCACAGACCACGCGCAGCGGUGGCUGGAGUUGGACUCACAACGCCGCUGGGCGCAACAAGACCUCAAACACAGCCACAACAAGCCUGAUGAUGCUGGGCCUCUGGACGGGGCUCAUGUUCGGUUCGACAACGACAAAAGAAGAAGAGGAUGCGUGUGGCACCAGCGAGGACCUCAGCCGUGAUGGCACACGUGCGCCCGCAUUGUCCACGGCCGAGGACCUGGAGCGCAUCCGAGUCGCCGCAACGGCUGCUCUGCGCGGCAACCGGCUGCAGGACUUCAAGGAGCUGGUGAGGGAGGCCAAGCAUCUGUCGGGCGGUGAUGUGGAGCUGCGCGACUCCAUUGGCCGGUCCCUAUCCAUGCUCGCUGCGGGAUUGGGCAAGCUGCAGGCGCUCAAAUUUCUGCUCCGCGAGGGCGCAGACGCGCGCGCUGUCGACCAGCACGGGCUGACGCUUCUGGAGCACGCCAGCUGGAAGGACCAGGUGUUUGUGGUGCAGUACCUGCUGCACGACGUGAAGAUGCACCCAGACCAGUCCUGCGACAUGUUUGGCCUGUACCCGCUUCACAAGGCCGCUGGCUACGGCAACGCCAACGUGUUGCAGCAGCUGCUGGAUGCCGGUGCAGACGUGAACCAGCCCACAGCAGAGAGCACCGCGCCACCGUCAUAUGAGGCCGGCUCCAAGCUGGAGACCGCGCUGGCCAUCGCCAGCCGUCUCGGCUACCACGACGCCAUGCGCACGCUUCUGUCAACAGAGGGCUGUCGCGUCAACCAGGCGGACCGGCAUGGGGACACCCCACUGCAUCACGCGCUGCGCAAGGGGGAUUGGCGGGCGACGGAGCUGCUCGUGUCCGCUGGCGCCGACCCAAGCCUGUGCAAUGGAGAGCAGAAGACGGGUCUCGCAGUUGCAUCAUCACUGCCGCUGGCACUCGCUGUGCGCACGCGCCUGAUCCGCCUCUUUCCCACACGCGUUGUGCAGUUCUUGGACCCGGCAUAGGGGUUGUGGUUGGGGGGGGGGGGGGAAGAGGGGUUGUUUGUGCUUGUUUGACUGACUCUCUGCCAGUGUGUGUGUGUGUGUGUGUGUGUGUGUGUGUGUGUGUGUCGCUGGCGUAUGCAUUGCAGACUGCUUGAUGAUUGUGAAGCAGCGUGUGAUCGACACAUGGCUGGCAUCUGUCGUGUAUCUGUGUACUUCAGACUGAAACAGGGCGAGAGAGAACAACGCAGAAGCAAGGACGACGGAAGCGAUACAAGUGGGA